GCCAAUAAUACAACACCCCCAAUGGCAACGCAGCCACAAGCUACAGUACGGCUGAUGAAUGGCAGAGAUCAGUGUGAAGGUCGUAUUGAAAUCCUUCACAACGGCACGUGGGGAACGGUGUGUGAUGAUGACUGGGACAUGGUGGAUGCUAACGUGGUUUGCCGGCAGCUGGGUUGCGGUUUAGCCGUGGCCGUGGGGAGCAGCUCCAGGUUCGGUCAGGGUUCCGGCCCCAUCCUGCUGGACAACGUGGACUGUAAAGGAGGAGAAAUGGAUCUGAGCCAAUGUGGGAAUCAAGGAUGGGGAAUUCACAACUGCUAUCACUAUGAGGACGUGGCCAUCUCCUGCAGAGACAGUAAUGUAAUGGAACCUCGAUUAGGUUUUGAGACCACAACGUCAAGUCCAGUCCCUGGAAUUAGAGACGGUACCAUACGUCUGUCUGGAGGUUCUGAUCAGUGCCAGGGGAGGGUGGAGAUCUACUAUCAUGGUAACUGGGGAACGGUCUGCGAUGACGACUGGAGCAUAAAGGACGCGGACGUCGUGUGUCAUCAAAUCGGCUGUGGACAUGCGAACACCGCUACGACCAAUGCCUACUUUGGCUACGGCACGGGACUGAUUUUACUGGAUAACGUGAACUGUAAUGGGCAGGAGAGCUACCUGGCCACCUGUUACAGCCUCGGUUGGGGGAUUCAUAACUGCGGACAUCAUGAGGAUGCAGGUGUCAUCUGCUCAGGUUCAGGUUCUACCACAGUCCCGUCUAUCAACACAGAGACUGCAGGCCGAGGAUUUAUAGGGAGCACAGCAGGGACUGGAAUGCCAGUAUCAAUAACUGUGAUGACCUCCACAACAGUCACUACAGCCAUAUCAACAACAGCGAAUUCCGGCGUCCGGUUGGUGAACGGCAACGACAACUGUCAGGGACGAGUAGAGGUUCUCUACUUCACCAUCUGGGGAACGGUUUGUGAUGAUGACUGGGACAUGGAUGACGCUCUGGUGGUCUGCAGACAGCUGGGGUGCGGGCCUCCUAUUGCAGCCAAACCUCUGGCUUACUUCGGCUACGGCUCGGGUCCCAUACUGCUGGAUAACGUCGACUGCCAGGGCAAUGAGGUGAAGCUGACGGACUGUUUCAAUCUGGGCUGGGGACAACACAACUGCGGACAUUACGAAGACGCUGGAGUUAUCUGUGCACCCCCUCUGGAUUUUAUGGGGAAUGGGGGAAUGGCAAGAGACUUUGGGAUAGGGGUGACAUCGAAGAUCACCACAACUCCAGCUCCAACUACAACACCAGCAGAAGGUACCAUGAGGCUCGUGGGGGGUGGGCAUCACUGCGAGGGUCGUGUGGAGAUGUACCUGAGAGGAGAAUGGGGUACGGUGUGCGAUGACGCCUGGGAUCUUCUGGAUGCUAAGGUGGUGUGUAGACAGAUGAGCUGCGGGCUGCCCAGAGCCGCUCAAGGGUCGGCCUACUUCGGGCCCGGCAGCGGCACGAUUAUCAUGGAUAACCUGAAAUGCAUCGGCACGGAAGCCAAUCUCGUUCAGUGCUCUCACAUAGCGUGGAACGUCCACAACUGUGACCACUCAGAAGAUGCCAGUGUCACAUGUGUACUCUUAUGACUCCACCCACCACAGGCCACGCCCACCCUUUUGGUCCUGAGCGGACUCGUCUGGUUUAGACUACGGGACUUGUACACACUUUGUAAAUAACAGCUCACACCAAUAUCUAAGAAUAGAUUUUACAUUCGUAUAAAUAUUUACAGGGUGUGAAAUAAAACCAAAUAAAUUAUGCUAGCGACUGUUAUAUAAAUAAAUGCACUUUAUAAACUAUAUGAAGAUGUACACAUACUGUAGGUAUAUAAAUAUACCGAACACAUUUUAAACUGUUGAUAUACAGUGAAAACCAAAGUUUUUCCUUUAGGUAUGAAAUGUUUCACGGGCGUUUCACUUUGACAGAGGACUGCAAAGCACACACAAGCUGGCAAUAGCUUCCACAGUCAUCUUUUAUGCCAAUGAAGUAGUUUUAUCUGUUUGGAUUUUCCUCAAAACAAAUGAAAAAUCAACCUUACUGGAAAAUGUAACAUUUUAUUGAAUGGAAAAGAGCAUUAAUUCAACCAAAAGCAAUCAUUUGUCUUAAUUGGUUUAAAAAAAUCUUCUCAGGUCAAAGUUUAUUUGCUUAAAAUAAAUACCACCAACACAUUUUCAAAUCAUGUUAAAACACAAACCAGUCUCAAUGUCAAUGUUUUUCUUUCUAUCCUCCUACAGCACUCCUGUAAUAAAAGUGAAUAUUGCAUUGUAAUGAAUAAUCUAAAGCAUCUGACUGGCUGAAUUGUGAAACUUCUUUGCAUAUUAGGUAACAAAU